AUGCAGUCCUUCAAUGUCCUCACUAUACUAUUAAACUUAUUUACACUGGUAGCCAGUAGUCAAGCACAAGAAACUGCUGCAACUGCCAUUCAUUCAAGACAACAUGUAGUUCCGACCUUUUCCUUGGAUGAAAUCCAACUGGGACAUCGGCUGCCCGAAUUGUCAGAGGUCUUAAGAACAACUGGACUGUUUGCAGUCAAGGUGUCUCCUCAGUCAUCUCCAAGUCGACUAGAAGCCAUGAAUGGAUUGUGUCAAUGUUUGAAUGAUAAUCAUAAUGAUCACAACCAUGAUUUUCACAAUGAUCAUCAUCGGCAGCAGCAGCAGCAGCAGCAGUUGGAAUCCAUUUUGCUCCCAGAUGGUCAUACCCAACGCACGACCAUUGCCACGGCCACGAUUGGUCAAGAUCCACUUCCACUGGACGAUAAUGGUAAUGAUAUCCAGCUACUCUGUGGGUCCAACACUGUAAACGCCAUGGAAACGGUCCGCGAUGAAGUGGCUGUAGUUUCCAAGGCGGUGGUCCAAUCUAUGGAUCGACUAUUGUUGGGAGAUGUCGUUCAUGGUGGUGGUGGUGGUGCGUAUGACAAACGAAAUGAGGGUCCACUUUUGGAAACCAAAUAUGGAUCUUCGUAUCGUACCAUGGCAUCCAUUGUGCAUUCGGCCAAUCAUUUGGAACACUUUCAUCAUUAUCAACAGAAGAAGAAGAAGAACAACAACAAGACAAGAACAGAACCCUCCUUCAAGACUGUGGAAUGGCACACUGACGCUGGUCUCUUUCUAACAUUUUUGCCAGCCCACGACUGUGAAAGUGGCGGAACCAAUCAAGAUGAUUCCUUUUGGGUCCAACUUGCCGAUGGUGAACAAGCUCAAGCCUAUUUUGAACCUGGUUCGGUGGCCGUCAUGAUGGGUGCUGGUGCGGAACACUGGCUACAUCAGUCGAUCUCUCCAAUCUUGAGAGCGACGCGUCAUGCCGUCAAGAUGACCAAAAAUACCAGUCGAGUUUGGUAUGGAAUGAUGCACCUCGUGCCCGAAGAUUCCAUUAUUCAAGAAUCUCCCCAACGCACCUUUGGGGAUAUGAAGCAAAACCUAAAGGUAUCCUCUUCCCAGCAACAAGGACAAGGAGCCAUGGAUGAGGAAACCGUGGCCAUUGGAUGCGGUCCUUCCACGGACGAUGAUGCUGCGUUCCCAUUGUAUACUGCUGCUUCCUCUUCCAGCAGCAGGAGACGCCGCCGAUUGCAACACGUUCAAGAUGCCAGCGCCUGCAACAAUGUGACCAAUUUCUUUUGUUGGACCCAAUGCCUCGAGAUUCCCAAUUACGAACAAGCCGAAUCGUACGUCAAUGAAGGCAAUUCGCUGUAUUGUUUGGAUCCUGGAAUCCUGGCCAAAAGUGGAAAUCAAGUACCCAAGGCCGUGGAACCAUGCAUCGGCAAGGUCCACAAUUCCAAUUGUCAAGGCAUUUGGCACAAGACUUCACCGUCCGUUGAAGGUUGGCCGGUUGAAUACAAUUCGACUAGUCAAGUGGAAGAAAAAUAUUGCUAUGGAGGAACUUCCAUGUACAUGGAUGGCUUUCAUUGGAUCCAUGAUACGACCUGUGUGAUUUAUCUCUUCCCAUCGUUCGUCUUGUCGAGUCAGGCACGGUUCAUUGGUGCCUGUUUUGGAACCAUCCUCUUUGGAAUGAUGGUGGAAGCCAUCAUCUUUCGACGACGCAAAUCGAUUGUGAAUUUUGAACCAGGAAUGUCACGACUUUUGGCAUCGGCAGGAUUUUAUGCGCUGCAAUUGACCAUGGGGUAUUUGGUCAUGUUGAUUGUCAUGACGUAUUCCAUUCCACUUUUCCUUUGUUGCAUUAGUGGUUUGGUACUCGGUCAUGUGGUAUUCAAUGCAAGAGACGCUUUGUUCAACAGAGCAGCGAAAUCGGCUAUUGCUGGAGGAGUGCAAGAUGAAACAAUUGACAAUGUCCAAGAGGGAGGCUGUGGUUGCCACGAAGAAAAGCAGAGCUUUAGCGCAACUAGUACAGAAGGUACGCAGCAAGAAGCAACAGCACAGUCCUGCUGUAGCAGUAACAAUACCAAGAUUGAGAAUAAGCCCGCCGUCCAAGACCGAACCCAUGGGGUACCAGAGGGCAGUACUCCUUGUUGCCAAAAUUCGCUGGACGUAUGCUGA